ACUACAAUGCCCACAAUGCAUCGCGUGAACCGGAAGGCCCGCCUUCUACCUGCCCCCCGGGAAAUGUAGUCCUCUAACAGGGGCUGAGUGGAAGGGGACCCAACUGGGAAAAGCCUUAUUUCAGGGCACCUUUUAGAAAUUAAAACAACAAAGUUCAGACCCUGGGUGUCACAGACGCCCACAUUGGGUUUGGCCGUCCUUGGAUUUAUAUACUUAGUAGGUGUAGGGGGCCGGAAAGACACCGCCUACAACUCCCAGAGUAUCGCGCGGGAGGCGGGACCUGCCCUCUUCGGCGGCCUCGGCCCACCGAGGGCCCUGUGGGGAGAGAGGCGCCGCGCGGGCCCUUCUCGGAGGCAGUCGCCGCUGUCGCUCCAUUCCCUCCACCUUUCUGGACACCGGGGAUGAUUUGGGGGCCCAGCCAGGCGUGGCCCUGCCGUCCCAGAGCCGGGGGCCGUUGGAGGAGAGGCCGCAAGCAAGGAAGGGAAAUAACUCGACACCAUCGUUGUUAAUGCCGGAAAUGAGGUCCGCCGGGAGGAGAGCAAGAAGGGGCCUAUUUUAGGUCGGGUCGGGCCCGGAGCUCCGCAGCACACUCCUCGGCUGCCUGGAGGCCGUGAUCUCGCAGGCCGACCUCCCCGGAGGCACGUGCUGCGCAGAGCAUCCACCCAACGGGAACCUCGCCGGGGACCGGGCACGUCCCCGCCUGGACACUGCCCUGAAGCCCGGGUGAGGGUGGGCUCGCCAGACCCCGGUGAUUCCGCGAUGCCUUCACACCUGUGCGCUAUUUUGGGGAUUCCUCGCAGGUUUUUAACUUCUGGUCUCUCUCCUGCUUCCCAAAGAUAACGUUACUAGACAUACUCAUUGGUUCCAGAAGUAUUUAUUGAGCAGCUAAUCCCUGUGAGAAUUUGCCUCAGGUUCAGGGGGAUCCCCUGCUCUGCAUAGCCCCAUCUGGCGGAACUUCUCAAGCCAAAGCAGGAGGGUGUCAGGUGACUCAUCAUCCAAGAGUCCCUUGGAUUUCCUUCCAGCUCACAUUCUACAAAAUUUUUAUCUGCCCCCAAAUCUCAGUCCCUCAUUGUCUGCAUGAAGUCCAAGCUCCUUAGCACAAUCUAGAAGCACCUCCUAAAUUUGGUUGCUGCCUACCUCUCCAGCUUUCCUGCCUGGAAUUUUCCAUUCUAGUAAAUUCAGAAGGUGUGUAGGUCCCCAGAUGUUCCAUGCUCUGCCUAAUAUGCCUUUCCCUCCUGACAAACUUACGCUUCAAGAUUUUGGGCGUCUCUGAUGUCUAGGAAGUACUGUUCUUACAGUUGGGUCACACAACCCCUCCAAGGGCCAAUGUGAAGUACAUGCAUGCUCUACAGACCUCUGAGUAUUUACCAUGUUACCUUGUUACUGAGAGGUUUAGUAGGGAUUCCAGAACACCUGGUCGUGAAGCCUAGAUCACAAAGAGUGCUAUCAGUAUUACACUGAGAUGAUACAUGUAUAGAAUUUAGAACAGUGCUUGACUCAAGGUAACAGUAACCACUGACAGUUAUGUAAUGCCAAGCAAUGUUCUAGAUAUUUUAAAUGAUUUAACCCUUUUGAUCACUGUAGCAACCUUAUGAAGGUAUACUGUUAAUUAUCAACAUUCAGAUUUUCCAAAUGGGGAGACUGAGUUACAGAGGACUGAGUUACCAAGGCCACUCUGCAACUAAGGAGUGGCACCAGGAUUUUAAGCCAGGUUGUCUGGUUGCAGAGAUUGCACUGCUCUACUGCCUCUCAGAAGAGCUUUGCAAAUGCUGUCAUUGUUAAUGAGAAUAGGGUUCAAGUCACUGCCAGAUGCACAAAGUAAAUGUAAAUGCUCAAACACCUGUUGACCUAGGAUGACCCUCCCACCUCUCCACCUUCUCCAUUACCCUCUUAAUUUCUAAGUAGCCAUCUGUUUCCAGUCUGCUGACCAGAGCCAAGAUCCCUAGAAUGUUUCUUCAUCUCUGUUGAUGCACACACAGCAUUUGGAAGGUUCAGAGGCAAACUGAUUCCUUCAGCUUGAACUGACUGUGAACCUAUCGAGGGCACAACCUGAAAUGUGGAAUUGGAAUCCCCGUGGCUCUCAUGCAGCAGAGGCUCCUGAAGAGACGCUGGAAGUGUUGGCAGAGAGGCAGCCGGGAGGAUAGGCAGGUCCCAGCUGGUGCUAAAAAAAAAAAAAUCUUCUGGAUAGGACUGUAAGAAGAUGGCAGAGUAAGAAGUUCCAGGAAUCAGCUCCUCCACCAAAAUAGUUAUUGGACUGGCAGGAACUGUCUGAAGCAACUCUUUUGAAACACUGGUGUCGAGGGGAAUGCUGAGCUGCAUUCAGAGAAAAGCCGGAUAAACAGGCAGCUGUUCUCCGCUGGGCGAGACUCAAGCUGGCCUCACAGUGCUUGGUGGAAUGAAAGCCCUUUCCUUAGCCAGAUGGAGCCUGAAUUCUUCCCUCCUGCCGACAUCUCCCCUCCAUCACGGAAAAGGCCCUGCCGGGGGCCCACCUACACCCAGGGAGCCCAGAGCACAUGCCUGACGUGGCGGGACUCUCACUGUGUCCCCACGUUACCACGGCGGGGGGCUGGAAGAGCACGGGUUGCCUCUCUUUGAUUUUGGUGCCCUCCGCGGUGGAGGUUGAUACAGUCAGCAGGAGAACUGGGCUCACUUGGUGGUUUGUGCGGAUUCACUCAUUUGUCACCAAAACUUUGCUGAGCCCCCUACUCCAUAUCAAGUUCUGGAAAAGCCCUGGUGAUAGAGAAAUUAUUGGAAAAGGCCCCACCCAGCCCUGGAAUUACAUGGGGGGGGGGCGGGUUACAGUAGGGGGACCAACUGUUUGCUGGAUUGAGGGGGUUCCCAGGAGGCGGAACUUUCAGCUUUAAUCUUGGGGAAGUCCCGGGCAGACUGGGCCAAGCUGGGCACACUCGGGUGCAGCAAAACAGGCAAAGGUGGUUUGACAGUGACAGUGCCUUGCUUUGGAUAGCCCAUGCACUGGUUUUCCAACUACUAAAGCAAAUGCCACACAAUGCGUUGGCUUAACAACAGGAAUUGAUUGGCUCACAGUUUUAGAGGCUAGAAGGCUUCCUCCCAGGGUUUGCAUCUUCGGGCUGGCCGGCAAUCUCCGAGGUUCCUUGGCUUUUCUGUCAACAUGGCAAUGCACAUGGUGGUGUGUUCUCCUUUCUCUUCUGGGUUCCGUUGACUUCCAGUUUCCGGCUGUUCCUAUGGCUUCUAAGGACUUCAGCCAUAUUGGAUGAAGGCCCACCCUCCUUCAGUUUGGGCUCACCUUAACUAAAACACCUUCAAAGCCCUAUUCACAAAUGGGCCCACAUGUACAGGACCAGGGCUUGGGUCUCGUUCCCAGUUUGUCAUCACACUUAUUGCCUCAUGGCACAAGAUGGCUGCCACAUCUCCUGGUAUCACAUCCACAUUCCAGGCAGGAAGAAGGGCAGCUGUGGCCUUCCCUGAUUGCUCUAUCUACUGUUUUUUCCCUAGGUGCUCUUUAUCCCAUUAUUCCAUCUUACUGUUAUCCCAUAUCACUUAGAAUUUUUUUAUUUGUUCCUUUGCCUGUUGACUAUCUCCUGCCACAGGAGGGAAAGCUCUAUUAGGGCAGGGCCACGCCCAUCUGGUUCAUUGCUAAAACCCCAGCCCUAGUGCAGUGUCUGGCACAUAGGAAAUGCUCAAUAAACACCCGUGGAAGGAAUGGAAAACAGUCCUCCAGCUAGCUUGGUGCCCGCCUGGGCCUUUCCCGCCCAUCAUGGGGCCUCUGUGGAUUCUGGGCGGUCACAAGGCAGCCAAACCCACCUGCAGGCUCCGGCCAGAGAAAAGGAGCCUGCGUGGCGGCCUGGAUGGGGAGAGGAAAACUCAGCACCCAGUGGGGUUCAUCACGCUUGUUCUCAAAAGCGGCUCUGGCAGGAGGAGUCGGGGGAGCUCCUGGGCCUUCUCGCUCCUCCAUGUUGGAGAUCUGAUGACCCUGGGCCUGGAUGUUCCAGCUUGUCCCCCGCGCUGGCUGCUUCCGUGGACAAGCGUCGCCUGCAGACCGUGGGGUCCCACAUGUGCUGGAUCCCUGGAAGCCCAGUUUUGCACUGCACGGGGGAGAGCGACUCAGCCAGAGGCUCUGGGAGCAGAGACCCCUCUCAGAACCAUCCGGAAAAGGUGAGGGAGUUUGCCAGGUUGGCCCGUCUACGGGAGGAGUCAGGCCCGCUGCAGGGGCUGUGGGGUCCGGCCGGGUCCCCCUCCCUGGGCUCCCGCUGCUCCCACCAGCCCGCCCCCCUCAGAACCCCGAGUCCCCUGUCCCCAUCCCCUCUGCCCAGGGCUGGGGCCCUCCUGGGCUUGGUUAGCUGGGGGCACACUGGACGGGACCCUCGUCUCCUGUUCUUGGCUCAGGGCACCCGCUCGCCGCCGCUGAAUUCACAGUGCGUGAAGCCAGAAGCCAGAGAGGACGGCAGUGGGACCGCACGGGAGGCCGCGGUCACCUCUUCAGCUACAGGUAACACACCGGGCCGCCGUGGGCCGUCACAAACCGCGCACAGCAGCUGGAAGGCGGACGGCUGGAGUGACUGGGCAGCGAGCCUCGGGUCUGGGCGAGGAGGCCGGCGACCCCCACACGCGCUGCAAGCCAGGAGCUGGGAGCUGGUGAAAUUCAGGGGAUGCACGACCCACCCCCCACCUAAAACUGACUCAUUCAAUACAUGAUCCGACGGGAUCUAACAAGGAGGCAAAAAGGCUCAAGAGGACAUUACUGACAUAUGAUGAAAUUGAAAUCUAGGUUGUAAGCUUUAUAUCAGUGUUAAAUUGCUUGAACUUGAUGACUGCCCUUGAGGCGGCUACAGAAGUGGGUAUGCUUGGUCUUAGGAAAUGCAUGUGGCAGGAUCGAGUGUCCAGGAAGCUGGUGUACAUAGCCUACAGAAAGCAGACUGGUAAAUAGAUGCACAGAUGAUUGAUCGAUGGAUAGACACAAAGAUAUGGCAAAUAUUAAAAUUGGUGGAUCUGGGGGUCUGUGGAGCAUAUGGUGAUUGAAUUAUUUUUGCAGAUGUCCUG